UCACGCAAUGUUGUGUCGAGUUGGUUGUCGGCUCAGUUCCCUAACAGUAUGUAGACUGCUUUCACGUCAUCUCACAAAGGUACGUGUUGGAUCUCUUUGCCCAAUUAUGUUAUAUGACUCUUUCAUCAGACUUUGAUCAAAGAAAUUGCGCGACAGUCGGUUCAAGAUGUAUGGAUGGGUGAUCCGCCAUGUUUUUCGUGCGCGUCAAAUUUUGCGCAUUUCAUUGACCUGACAAAAAAGGCCAGUAACUUCUUGACAAUUUAAAAGGAGCUUAAUUUUUAGACGCACCCCUAAAUCCUUACCAUUUAUUUCCUUUUCGCUGAAGAACAAUCGUGACCAGUGAGAAAUCUCGUCAUUCAAAGCACACCGACCGACGCAUAUGUAAAUAUGCAAGGCAGUGGCUAUGAAGGUGGAAGGAGAAACGGUGUUCUGUAAGUAUCUUCGUGUCCCUUCCAUCAAAAAACAUUGCCACUCAGUGUUCGAUAUUCAGUGUCAUUUGUCUUUUAUUUUUCAGAUGGCUGCAGUUCCGGUCAAAACAUCGAUUGGGUGCAUGGAGUUUGGAAGGCAGUGUGCUGCAGAUCAGGUGUGGUCAUAGAUCGAUAAUUCAUAAUUAUGGAAGAUGCUGCAAUAGGCCAUCCGUUUCGCAUGAGCCCCUGAAUCUGAGGACCUUUUUUUAUUGAAAUAUACGUUAUACGAGAUAAUUAAUUUGCGGUGGAAAAACUGGUUUUUUUUUGUUUUUUGAGUAAGUAAAAAUUUGAAUCCUGCUCCUCAUUUAAAAAAUCCUCAGAUCCACCCCUGCUCAGUUAUAAAAGCCCCUUCCUUAUGGAAAGUUCAAGUGUGAAUUCUCAUCAGAGAAUAUCCUAACAAAACAGAUAUGCUCAUUUUAAUUUUUUUACACAUUCUAUUUUUUUUUUUUCAAUUUCAGGCGAAGCAGUUUAUAAACAUUUGCAUGGAACAUGAUGUCUAUGAUUUUGACACUGCUUAUGUGUAAGUCAUAGCUAGUAAAUGGAAUUUUGAUUAAAUAGAGCUCAAGUUAGUUGAUAGUAAAUGUCUGGAAUGAUGGAGUGAAAUCCAAGAAAAAUCAGAUAUUGUGUGGGUUAUGGGAGGGGAGGGGAGGGGAGGGGUUGGUGUUCAAGCUAACUGCAUUCAAGUUAGGGGGGUCCUACUGAUUAUACUUUGUCCCACAUUUGUGCACAAACAAACGAAACCCUUCCCAAAUGAAUAUAAACAGUUAUGUAGUUUUUGUCUUGAUUUUAAGGUAUAGUGGUGGUAAGAGUGAGGAGAUUAUGGGAGAUAUGGACUGUUUGAAGGAUUCCAAGGUAUAACUAUUGAACAUGGUAGAGUUUAUCAUAAAAGGUUCAACUUCUAGUGUCUGAUGCAAUACAGAAUGAACUUGAUUUCUUACAGAUAGUUUUGUUUUAAUUUAGGUGUUUAUUGCCACAAAGGCAAAUCCUUGGGGAAAAGGUAAUUUUCAUACCUCAUCUUUACUUAUCCAGUGGAUAUCAAAUAAUUGAUUUUGAUGUAUAAAUAAUGCUAACAAACGCUACACAAUGUUACUCAGCUCCUCAUGGAAGACUCAUGCCAUAGAUAAUGAAGACAUUUGAUCAUCUUGUUAGGUCUGAAGUAUGACAGUGUGUUGGAACAGCUGAAUGAAUCUCUUAAAAGACUGAAAAGAGACUCUGUGGACCUCUUUUACCUCCAUGCACCAGAUCAUAACACAUCCAUUGAGGAGACACUCCAUGCUGUGAAUCAACUUUACAAAGGUAAUUAAGGGACUAAAAAGUACUGUUUUGUAUAUUUAUACCAGGGGACUGUGGUUGUACUGACCAAAAUGAGGGAUUGGUAGUUAUAGGUGCUGCUGUUUUGAAUAGGAGUAGAUGAAAUUCAUCAAUUCACAGCUGUUUUCAUUCAAAUUGCUUCUUCAUAACUUGAAAACUUUCUGUGAUACAGGGAAGUUAAACAAGUGUCCAAUUUUAGACACCAGUUUGUGAUUUUAGACAUAAAUGUCCUAUUUUAGACACUAGUGUCCGAUUUUAGGCAUAGUUGUCCAAUUCUAGACACUAGUGUUGGAAUUUAAACACUUGUGUCUGAUUUGAGACUCUAGUUUCUGAGUUAGCCAUGAGUAUUCAAUUUUGACAUUAGUGUUGGAAUUUAUACACUAUUGCGUGGUUUUGGAUGUUGCUAGUGUCAGAUUUGAGACACUAGGGUCCAAUUUAGACACCUCACAGGCAAAUGGUAUGUCGUUGACUUUCAGAUUUGGGUGAGGUAACUGCUAAUUUACAUAGUCUACAUCUCUCCUCUCUUUACAGAUGGCAAAUUUAAAUCUUUUGGUCUCUCAAAUUAUUCUUCAUGGCAAGUGGUAAGAGUUUUCAUAGGUUUAAGAACUUUUCUGAGUCCUUCAUUUUACAUUAGAUAGCCAACCAGAAAGACAUUAAAUCCAUUUUUGUACAUCUAAAUAGCAUUUUCUUAGGGGGUCAUCAGCCUUAUUUUACCUGAUCUGAUUAUUUAGGCAGAAAUUUAUUACCUGUGCAGGAUGAACAACUACCCAGUACCAACUGUGUAUCAAGGGAUGUAUAAUCCAGUCACCAGGUGAGGGGUAAUUAAGAUUUUUAGCAGAUAUUAAAUACAAAAGAACAUUAUGGAGAUUUGGCUGAAAUUUACAGUGGUUCAGUUGCAACUGAGGCACCCAGACAAAGGAAACCAUUCUGAGAGAAUAACUGACACAAAAGAUUCCAACAUGUGUAAACGAGUCGCAUGUUAUACGAUAAGCUGAAUUGCACAUCCAUUUUGAUUUGUACUUGCUUAUAAUCUAUUGGAGGACAGACACAUAGAUGACAUCACCUUUAACAACAUUUGCUUUUUUAUCCGAGAAAAACAAAUAGAUUUUGCAUUGCUGUGGGUUUCUACAGUCAUAUAAUAGAUCUCAGUCUCAUGUCAAAAUGCGGUAAGAGCAUCAGUGAUACACCCCACUGCAUCUCCUAUGUUACUUUUUUGUUCUUACUGCAUUUUGACGUCAGCUGGGAUUUAUUAUUGAACAGGCGUGUGGCAACAUGGAAUCUAUUUGUUAACCCUUUAACCCUCAAGAUCUCAUUUAGCAAUUCUCCUUACUGUCUGCCAUACCAUUCUUGUGAUGUUAGUUUUGAGAAAUUGGUAUUGGAUCAACUUACAAUCCCCUAAUUGAUAUUUUUCUUUAUUCUCAUCACUUGUCUGCUUGAUAUUGUAUUGAUAUUGUAAGGAGAAAUUCUGUCUUGGUCACUGAUGGGAGCUAAAGCGUUAAAAAAGAGAAAAAAAGAAAUCUCAAUUGGUUGGUUGACUAAUGAUGUUUACAGCCCUUGGUGCUGGGUCAAAUUUCAAUUUCAAACCAUUAGACUUCUAGGGCUGAUUAUUAAAACAAAUUUUAGCCAUUGUUUAACAAAACCACAUUCUAAACUAUCUUCAAUUUAGGUAGACCCUUUAUCUGAACAUUUAGUUUUGUGAACAGUGUCAAAAGGGCUGAAAGCUAACAGCGUAUGGACAUUUAUCAAAGAGGAAACCUGAAGCCAACUACUUGAGUAAAACCGCAGUUUGGGUCAGACCUCCUGUAAAUAACCAGCCUUCAGCAUUUGUUAGGUUAUGUAUGGGUACAGAUUUUAGGAGUGUGAAGGGGAAGGGAAAGUUAGUGAUAUUUUCUUUUCAGUUAACUUAGAGAUAUGGUGAUAUGUGUUUUAAUGCAGACCUACAAAUUAUUUUCAGGGAUAUAGAAAAAGAACUCUUUCCAUGCUUGAGAAGAUUUGGAAUAGCAUUCUAUGCGUAUAACCCUGUAAGUAUUGCAUGGCAAGAACUUCAGCUAAGGCAUCAACCCAUCGACCCCAAAGAGUGAAGAAAAAAGAAGCUAAAUCUCGAUAUUGGGAAUAAAAGGGAAUGUAGGGAAUGAAUGCUGUUAGAGUCUUGCUUUACACAAAGAAUGAAAUUGUUAUUUUUAUUUAUUUAUUUAUUUAUUUUUUUUUGCAGUUGGCAGGUGGACUGUUGACGGGAAAACAUCGCUACGAGGACAGAGAUAGCGGUAACAUUCAACAUGGUCGCUAUGCAGGCACGGGCGAGUGGGCUGAUGUGUAAGUUAGCUUGCAAAUUCACGGCAAAUACUUCCCGAAGCUUUUUCGGAAUCUUUUCCGAAUAUUUCCCGAGGGUCAACUAGUGCUAAUAGCUUUUCGUGACUGCACAACCAGGGUGUUUUUCCACUGGGCCUCAUCCGACCGUUUGUACAUCUAAUGAUCAUGAACAUUUUACCUUAUAGUUUUCAAGUCUGCGAUUCAUAAUCCGUCUAAAUCGUCUCCAUAUUUAUUCAUCCUUGUUUCUCCAUGGUUUAUUAUUGCCUCUGGUGUUUUUCUAUGUUAUCACGCGUAUAUUUAUUAUUCAUCUACACUAUGAAGUGAUUUUGGAGGUCCCAAAAUAUUACUGAAGAUUUUGUGGUGUGGACAUAAAACAAAGAAUUUAUGAGAUUGCAUUUUAUAACCUGGUUUUGCAACCACACAAGCGUAUAAGCCAACAUGUGCAGAUCUUGGUCGGGUUCUAGACUUCGAGCAGCCUCUCCCUUUCGGUGCUCGAAAAGUAGGGGCGAUAGACUCACUCACAAGAGUUCCGCGCUAACAUCGUUUUUGUUUUCGCUUAUUUUUUUGACUUGCGCGACAGAUUUCGCCGAAAGGGAGGGUUUGUUCGUAAUCUGGUCGGAUUGUAUACUCUGAUACUCUGCCAUUGAGCCACAGAGGAUUUGUUUCAGCACACACUUACGGUGGUUAGCUCGCAUUUAAUUUGUGCUUGUGCUUGUUGUUCAAGCAACAACAUCCGUCAGCAUUACAAAAUACUAAAUAGCCCAAUUCAUUAGUCAGUUUCCAAGUUGUUCGCACACACUGGCCAAUUCAAAUCAACAUUUUUUCCAGCUACGUGAAGCGUUUUUGGAAGAAGCCGUUGUUUGAUUUACUUGACAAACUCAGAACAACACUGGAUCGUAUUUAUGGUGAAGGAAAAGUGACUUUGAUUGACGCAUCUCUUAGAUGGAUGUACCAUCACUCAAAGAUGGACGGUGCUUGUGGAGGUACUAUCAGUGUUUUCUCUGAUUUUCUAGUACUAUGGUAACUCUGGUUCCAAUAACAUUCUUCCAGCCAGAUUCGUUAGUUUCUUGAUAUGGCCCAAGUAGUGACAGAUAAUUUUAGAUUCGUGUGUUGUAAGUAGGACACUAAAAACGUCUGUGUCCCGAUGAACGCUAAACCUGAAAUAAGUUAAAUCAUACACCCGUUUUGUAUGUUACUUAAAUAUGAUCUUUAGGGGGACAGAGGCUUAGAUGAUGUUUUGUGCAGAUCUCCUACUUUUGCUGGGAAUCGUCUUAAUUCUCCUGCAUAAACCAGUAAAAAACUAGAAAAGAAAGGGAAAGGAAUUUUUGAAAUGUUAACCCUCAGAUAAGUCCCCCUUAGGCUCCUGACACUGAAGUCUUCCUCCAGUUCGUAAGCUCCCCCAUUUAAAGCCUCAGGUUUCUUACGAGCCCUUCCCCCCCUCCCCUUUCCGCCCUAAUUAGAUACCUUGUUCUAUUUCAUUUCAGUGCUACUGGUUUUCCCGUUUCAGAUGCUGUUAUUAUUGGAGCCUCGUCUGUGAAACACUUGGAGGAAAAUCUUAAAAGUACAAAACACCCACCCUUACAUGAAGGUACCAGCAAAUUCUGUUUACCAUAAAAUUAUGUGGAGCAUAAUCGAACGGGUUCCUAAAAAGUACUUAUUCGAAGAAUCUUAAGCGUAGCGGAUAUUAGUGGUAUUAUCGGUACGCUUCUGUCUCCACAAGGAAUUAUGUCAACACCGUACUUUCUCCAUUCUCUGCAGAUGUAGUGGGACUUUUUGAAGAGACCUGGGGCGUACUUCAAGGCGACUGUCCAUUGUAUUUCCGCUGAACCGAAUUUUUAGUCACCGAAGGCUCAUCUGACCUUUGUCUUCAUGUCGUGAUGUUUCCUUCACCGAGCAACAGAUGUACGCUGUACAUCGAAACCAAGAAUUAAGAUUUAUAUCAGAAAAGUGAGGAAAAAACAAUAAAGUACAUGCUAUGGACAUGAGAAAGAGGUGUGAGGACCUAUAGAGACGUUUCUCGACUAAGUUUUACAACCAUCUUCGGCUUGUUUGGACAGAAAACUAAGAAAAUUACAUCUUGGAACAGUGGUAAUGAAAGGUUUUUAAACGGUCGGAUGACUUGUUCUGGCUUCACUUGUCCGCUUUAGUUAUAAAAAAUAUUAUUACGAGGGUGAUCAAGAGUAUGAAGAGAUUUUUAUUGCAAUAGUUUCAAUUUAGGUACCAAUUUAACUGCAGGAUGUCCCCGAUAACUUUUAAGAAAUAAGUGGCCUACUUUCUAAAAUGAUUCGAUUGAUUACAGCAAAGCAUCCUCUAGUACUUUAGUUUUUUGUUAUUACGCUGUGAUUGGCUGACAUUAAGUUCGUACUAUUUUCGCCAAUUACAUGCUUACAAUACUAAAGCCGAUCGGAAACUUUGUCACACACAUUUCCCACGCAUGCGUACUUUCUGUGAUUUCCUCGGUAGUUUUGAUAGUUGUCAUUGGUCAAUGUUAUAUUUCUGUCACGUGGAAAGUCACUCUGUUGUUGUAAUUUUCUUUCUUUUUGACAGGGGAGG